AUGCGUAUCCAUCUCUCUCCGAGAAGCGCCAAUAUCGCAAUUAAGAACAAUUCACCACGAUUUCCGGGUAAAUCUGUGGGAGUUUGUCAUUGCUUUCACCCCCAACACGUCUCGACAACCCCACAAAAAAAUCUUUUUUCUCUCUUCUUUCAUUUUUUUUCUCUCUUCUUUAUCUAUCUCUCUUCUUUCUCUCUCCCUCAUCGUGUAGACUCUUGUAUACAUUUAUUAUUUUUUCUCUCGUCCUUCUUUUUCUCUUCCUCCUACUCUAUCUCUUCUUUAUCUGUCACUACUCUCAUUUUUUCUUUUUACUCUCUUCUAUUUUCUCACCCUCUCCCCUUUCUCGUUAUCUACUUCUCUUCUUUCUCUCAAUUCUUUCUCUCUCCCCCCUUUUCUCUCCCAAAACGUAUCGACUCUCGUAUACGAUUUUCCUUUUUUUCUCUCUUUUCUCUCGCUCUCUCUCCGCUCGCAAUUCUUUCUCGCUCUUCUUUCUCUAUCACAUCUUACUCUCUUCUUUUCCUCUCUCUCUCCCCUCCUUCUAAUUGUAGACAAUUUUCUUUUUUCUCUCUUCUUUCUUUCUCUCUCUGUGCUCUUCUUUCUCUCCUUUCUUUCUUGGUUAUCUUCUUUCCCUCUCACCCUAAUCGUAUAGACUUUCGUCGACGAUUUUCUUUUUCUCUCUUUUCUUUCUCUCUCUCUCUUCUUUAUUUCUCUUUAUCUUCCCUUUUCUCUCUUUUCUUUCUCUCUUUCUCUUCUUUAUUUCUCUUUAUCUUCUUUCUUUUUCUCUCUUUUCUUUCUCUCUCUAUUUCUCUUUAUCUUCUUUCUUUUUCUCUCUUUUCUUUCUCUCUCUCUCUUCUUUAUUUCUCUUUAUCUUCUUUCUUUUCUUUAUCUUUUUCUUUUCUCUCUAUUUCUCUUUAUCUUCUUUCUUUUUUCUCUUUUCUUCUUUCUCUCUCUCUUUUCUUUAUUUCUCUUUAUCUUCUUUCUUUUUCUCUCUUUUCUUUCUCUCUCUCUCUCUUCUUUAUUUCUCUUUAUCUUCUUUCUCAUUCUCUCUUUCCUUAA